GACCGGACGUAGUAUCAUUAAAGCCACGGUUUCCUGUCCUGUGUGUCACGUGUAGCAUGGUGGAUGUUAUUAGCUAAUGCUGGAUCUUUUACCGGCUCCAGAGGCUCAGCAGACUGACAGGACAUUUAUCAGUCUGGUGUUUUAUCAGCACUAACUUCGGGAUUGUUUCAAACUUUGGAUGGAGUCAGCAUAUAAGUUGUCAGUGUUUCGUGUAGUCGCAGCAGGGGACCACAGGGUUUGGGAUUCAGGUCAUCCUGCACAGCAAGAUAAUGGUCAAGUAUUUCUGUAACAGCACAGACAUCAGGAGCACGUGGGAACAUGUCGUCUCUGCUUUCUGGCAGAGGUACCCUAACCCAUACAGCACCCAUGUUCUAACAGAGGACGUUGUUUACCGGGAGGUGACUGCGGACCAGCAGCUCCUCUCCAGACGCAUCCUGACAAAGACCAAUCGGCUGCCUCGCUGGGCAGAGCGGUUCUUCCCCACCGGCAUGUCUCGCUGCGUGUACGUCAUCGAGGACUCCAUCGUGGACCCUGUCAACAGAAGCUUGACCACAUACACCUGGAACCUCAACCACACGACUCUCAUGUCAGUUGAAGAACGCUGCAUUUUCCGAGACGCCGCUGAGCAGCCAGCCACCACCCUGCUGAAACGGGAAGCGUGGAUAUCCUCAGGCAUUUAUGGUUUCUCUAGACCCAUUCAGGAGUUUGGAUUGGCUCGGUUCAAGAGCAACCAAGUGAAGGCCAUGAAGGGGCUGGAAUACGCUCUGUCUAACUUACAGGGAGAGGCACACCCACGGCUGCUCAGGGACACCAUGAAGGAUGCGUCAGGAAAGGCCAAAGAAGCAGCCAAGAACCUGGCCUCAGCUGCUGCUGCCACCCCACAGAAACCUCAGCAGUACAUCUGACAGGAGUGUGAAGUGUCGUACAGGUGACAUCAACUCAACACAAUGCCUGAAGUUUUGCUGGGAUCUCACUUUUCUCGAUGGUGUUGUUCCACCCUGUGUGUGAUAAUCUCCGUUCUCCACAAUUUCACCGACUUUUACUUCUUUCCCUCCUCUCCCUGUCGUCUUUUUCCUCUGUUCUGCUCUAGGCUGUCAUUAAUUCUCAGGUCUUGAGCCUUUGUAUGAAACGUCUUGCCUUUGUGUAAACGUUCAGAUCAGCAGCAUCUUUUUAAUGCUGUAACGACAUCGGUGUAAAUGUGAAAAGUUUGGCUAAUGUGUCUUGGCCUCUUAUUUAUUAUUUUACUGGACUCAACUGUUAAAGACCAUGGAAUCAGAAUGUAUUAAUAACCAGUGGGUGUACUUUCAUUUCACUAUAUAUUUCUGGCACAAUGUUCAAAUUCUUUACAGUUUGACCAGUUUAUAAAUUACUCGUCAGCUGCUUUACAUAUCAGUUGACAUUAGUCCUAUGCUGUGUGAAAAGAUUAUAAUGUAAUGGUUUAAUGUGUGUGGGAGAUUUUAUGUUCAACCUUUUGGAAUAAUGGUUCCUUUUCAUUGCUUCAUUAUUUGACAUUGCCUGGGUUUGCCACUAUAGUCAAUGUCCCACUGUGAAAUAUAGCACAGAGUAUGUGCUAGUAGAAUCAGCAUGUGGUGUAUAUUCUGUAAUAUAGUGCACAUAAAUAGAAAGUUUAGUGUAAAUGCAGAACCAGAGCGCUGAUAAUCACAAGAUACCAAAGUCACUUGUGUGAAUAAAGACAGAAUGAGCAGUUCCCUCCUCUUCAUGCUCAUAUUCAUUCUGAAAUUGUGAUUUAUCUUUAACUAUAUGACUGUGUCACUGAGGUGCAUUAGUGAGAAUAGAUAGUUUCAGUCUGUCUGUUGAUGAUGAAGAUGUUUAUUGUGCAUUUCAAUAACUGCAUUCCCGUGUAGAUCGAAUUGUAGCUGGAUUUUUCUGCUGCUAAUCUUGAAGGAUUAUUUAACAUUAAGAAUUUUUAAAACCAAGUAUAUGUAGGUUUAUUUUAACCAGGUAGUAAAACUAAUACUUAAAAACAGAGUUAAAGCUAAAGAUGUAAAAAUAUUCAAAAUCUUUUUCUACCAAAUUCUG